GCAAAACGGAAACAACCCUGACAGGACAAGAGGAACAAGAACACUCACAGCAAAUUUGGCGACGAAAACGCCGUCGUUGGAGCCCAUCAUCUUCCAUAUAUCUCUAAGCUCCGAAACCCAUUUCCAAAGAUUUCUUCAUUUUUUGUUUUGUUUUGUUUUGUUUUGGUCGGAGAUGGCGGUAGUUUCAGCGGUGAGAGGCGGUCGUUGGCCGUUAUUCCAACGUCAUCGUCAAAUAUCAUCGUCAUCAUCGACAAUGGGCAGUUGGGGUUCGUUAAGAUCAAGGAGACACCUCAGCUUUCGCCCCAACUCAAAGCGCUUCGCUCUUUUCGCUCGCUACUCACAGUCACAAUCUCAGGAUCUUUUCUCCUCUCGCCUCCAAGAUAGUGUAGAGAACUUGCCGAAACUGGUUGAAGAUAUUGUCCAGACAUCAAUAAACACGGGCCCACGUGGUGCCCUGAGGAUGGCACAAGGAAUUCAGGCGGUUAUUGGAGUUGGCGGGGAGUGGCUUUCAGACAUGUCCAAGUCAACAAAUUCGACUGCUGAAUUGCCAAUUCAACUUCAGCUUGGAUUGCUUUCACCCUUCUAUUUGAGGAGAUUAUUUGAACGCAUGGGCGCAACCUAUAUAAAGUUAGGUCAGUUCAUUGCAUCUGCACCCACAUUAUUCCCUCCAGAAUAUGUUCAGGAAUUCCAGAACUGUUUUGAUAGAGCUCCUGUGGUUCCCUUUGAUGAGAUCAAAACGAUCUUGCGUGAGGAAUUGGGUAGACCAAUAGAAAGUGUUUAUGAAUACGUUGACCCAACUCCAAUUGCUUCAGCCUCAAUAGCCCAGGUUCAUGGUGCAAGGCUUAGAGGCUCCCAGGAGGAUGUGGUCAUUAAGGUCUUGAAACCUGGAAUAGAAGAUAUACUGGUUGCAGACCUGAACUUUGUUUACGUUGUCGCGCGCCUUUUGGAGUUUUUGAAUCCUGAAUUAAGCCGUGCAUCACUGGUUGGUAUUGUGAAAGACAUACGGGAGUCCAUGCUUGAAGAGGUUGACUUUCAAAAGGAGGCUGCAAACAUAGAGUCCUUUAGGAGAUAUUUAGAAGCCGUGGGACUGACACAGCAGGCUACAGCUCCGAAAGUGUAUUAUCAAUGCAGCACUAAGCGUGUCUUGACUAUGCAGAGGCUUUAUGGAGUUCCUCUUACUGACCUAGACACCAUAAGUUCUCUUGUUUCUAGUCCGGAGACCAGUCUCAUAACUGCCCUUAACGUUUGGUUUGGCAGUUUGCUUGCAUGUGAAACCUUUCAUGCAGAUGUGCACGCUGGCAAUUUGUGGUUAUUACGUGAUGGCCGCAUUGGGUUUCUUGAUUUUGGAAUUGUUGGACGAAUAUCGCCAAAAACAUGGGCUGCAAUGGAAGUAUUUUUGGAAUCAAUUGCGACAGAAGAAUAUGAAGCAAUGGCUUCCGCAUUGAUUGAAAUGGGGGCAACAAACACAAAUGUUGAUUCCAAGGCCUUUGCAAGAGACUUGGAAAAGAUAUUCUCAUCAAUUAAGGACUUGGAUACAGAAGUAGUUAUAGCAACAGCCAGGGGAACUAAUACCACUGCAACUGCCGUCUCUGCAAAUGUAAUUGUUGAUGAGAGGCAGAUGAACGCACUGUUCCUCGAUGUGGUUCGGGUUAGUGAAUCAUAUGGGCUGAAAUUUCCUAGGGAGUUUGCACUUCUCAUGAAACAGUUGCUGUACUUUGAUCGGUACACCCGGCUGUUGGCACCAAAUUUAAACAUGCUUCAGGACCAAAGGGUAUCCAUUGCUUCAAAUCGAAGAAGCAACUCUAGGGACAACUUCAGAUAAAAGGUUGCAAUAUGCAUAUAAAUACAUAUUUAUAUUGUUACAGGCUCAUGCUACGUUUGUAAAUACAAAUUAAAGUACUUAAAAGUUAGAGAAAACAUAAAAUAGGAACAUAAAUACAACAGGAAAACCAUGUAUGCCACAUGCUUUAGGCGAAUAGACAUUGUGGCUUGAGGUGUAAAGUUGGAUUUACUUUUCUCUUAUCCCAUUGAUGUGAUACUUCCAUUGUAGGUUAUAUUUGAGA